AUGCGUCGUGUGUGCGCUGACCAAGCCACACAAGAUGCGGGGAAGGUUCUAAUGUGUCAAGGACUUAUCCGCGUGACGAUCAUGGAGACUGGUGCUCAUGAGACGCUGGUGAAGGAGCCCCAAAAGGUCAAGUUGACUCCACGGCUGAAGGAUUACGGUCGCGAAAUGGCGACGCAAGGCCUCAAGCCCUCUCGAAUUCGCAAUGGAAUGGCUCGACGAUUUGGACUUACUGAGUCAGAGUUGCCGACGCUGCGUCAGGUGCAAUGGUUCGUCAGCAGCUAUUCGAAGAAGAACCUCCACCGCAAUGACGACUAUGACGAAAGCCUGAGCCAAAUCGAUCAGCUGGCGUAUGGUCCGACCGUCUCGGACACGAACCAUUUUCGUUUGGUUGGAAACGUGACGGCCGCGGCAAACCAGAUGUGGGGAACGGCUCUGACGAAAAACAAUUUUUAG